AUGGAUCCGGAUAACAAGGAAGUGGUGUGUGGUCCUCUGCUGAACUACCGACACAUGGAGGAGGAUCGCUGGAACGGGAGCAUCCUGGUCGUGACGAAGCAGAAAGGAGGAAUCCCGCGGUCAGGGCCAACUCUGCUUCUCCGUCGAUGCCUUGUUGAGGAUGAUGCAUCUCGGGCGGACGCUUACACUCCUGUUAAAGGAUCUCUGCUAUACUCUGACUACAGGUGCAGCUUCUGGAGAUUCGAUAUAAGCGUGACGAUGGAGACAAUGGAAAGCAGAUGGGAAUACACUAUCGCAGAAGUUGAUUUUCAGCAUAGAGUCAGAGGACUCACCCAUUCCUUCGUGGUACCGUCUUGCAACGAGUCCAUGCGCGUCAUGUUCUAUUCUUGUAACGGGUGGUGCGACGGAGCAGAGGAAGGAGAAUGGAAUCAUCUUUCUCUUUGGAAGGAUGUGCUGAGACGUCAUGAUGAAGCACCUUUUCAUGUUAUGAUUGGCGGAGGCGAUCAGAUUUAUAACGAUGAAAUCUAUCAGUCAGGUCCAUUGCUGGAAUGGACCAAGAUUGAAGAUCCUCGCGAGAGACUACGAUAUCAAUGCUCAAGGGAGCUCCAGCAGGCCUGCGAUGACUGGUAUCUCUCUAAUUACAUUCGCUGGUACAAUACGGAGCCUUUCGCCUCCGCCCUAUGCCAAAUCCCGUCACUCAGUAUAUGGGAUGAUCACGACAUCAUCGACGGAUUUGGAUCAUAUGCCAGAGAAACGAUGGAGUGUCCUGUAUUUCAAACCAUUGGUGCUCUGGCUCAUAAAUACUACAUGCUGUUCCAGCAUCAUCUUCCUCCUACCAAGUGGAACUCGCACAUUCACGACCCGUAUAUCGCAGACCCCAGACCCGAACCACAAUAUGUCCUCGGAAUGAAACCUGGGCCCUACAUUGCGGCUCAUUCGCAUAGCAUCUUCACGCGGCUGGGUGCAAGAAUGGCGUUCUUAGGCGUAGAUGCUCGGACCGAGAGGACCCGAGAGCGAACAAACUACCUCGAGACUUAUGAACGUCUCUUUUCGCGCGUGCACGAAGGACUGGACGCGGCAGCGCGAUCCGAUCGGCCGAUUAGGCACCUGAUCUUGCUGUUUGGCAUUCCUCUCGCUUAUCCGCCACUCACCUGGCUUGAGACCGCAUUUGAAGGUUCUGUCGGCCGUUCGGUCCAAAACCUGAGUCAAAAGCUAGCCAUUGCUGAAAAUGCGAUCAACCGGUUUGACGGUGCAAUUGAGAUUCUAGACGAUCUCAACGACCACUAUACGUCCAAAUCCCAUCAAGACGAGCGUCGGUAUCUGAUAGAGCGGAUCCAGUCCAUCUGCGCGACGCAUUCCGUCCGCGCCACAAUCCUAAGCGGUGACGUCCAUCUCGCUGCCGUGGGUCGGUUCUUCACCAAGCAUAAGGGCCAUAUUCCAGAAAUCGAGGCGGACUUUCGAUUCAUGACAAACAUCAUCUCAUCAGCGAUUGUCAAUCAGCCGCCCCCGGAGGCGGUGGCCAAACUGAUUUCGCAGGCCGACAAAAUCAGGGAGCUUAACGCGGAGACAGAAGAGACCUUUUUCAGGAUCUUUAGAGAAGACUCUUCCAAGCGGGGGCCAAAAGGAACCGCCGUGGCCAUGCCCCGCCGAAAUUUCACCAUUAUCACGGAAAACUCGCCCAAUAACCGUGGCCGCGACACCCAUGGCUUCAAAUUAUCCCUGCGACAGUUCCUGGCAAAGCAUGGACAUCGGCCUCUGCAUUUGGCAGAAGCCAAUGCGGGUAGACGACACAUCGCUGCUUCGGAGCAACAUGGAAAAGGCAAUGAUGGGAGUUUGGAUGUAUGCAUUUGUGUGGAAAUCGAUCACAGAGACACCUGGGGCAAGACGGAAGGCUACGGCUUUACCAUUCCGGUGCUUGAUUACCACGGACCUGCAGCUCAAUGA